AUGGACCAGGCAGCGGUUAUCAUCCCACCAAUCUUGCUCGCAAUCACUCUUAUUUGCCUUCAAGAAGCAUGGAGGAACCGCAUCUCCCUCAAAGGCUACAAACAGGUGACUUUGGGUGGGCCCAGCAACAUGAAGGAUGAGUUGAACCAGAAGUACGCGAAGCCACCUGGAUCACGGGAGAAACCCGAUGGUUCAAGAUGGAAAGUCAAAGCCCUAUACGUUCAUCCCAUAAAAUCAUGCGCUGGCGUUGAGCUUGACGUCGCUGAACUCGAUGCCGCUGGAUUCACAUGGGAUCGCAAGUUCGCCUUCGCAGAAUUGCUCAAGCCUCAAACUCGCACUAAUGCCACAGACGCGGAGAAGAUACCGAAAUGGACGUUCAGAACCCUCAGACAACCUGGGUGGGAAAGGUUGGCUCUGGUCAGGCCGGAGAUUUGGCUUGCGGACCAAGCCACAAAGAAGUCAGACAAAGAUCAAGGCUGGAUGGUAGUGAGAUAUCCGAAUAUCCCUGUGGGUUCGCUCGCGACGCUGUUCCGCCUCCUCAUCUGGCUUGGGUUCAUGUCGGACGAGAGGUCCUUUCGCGUACCGCUGAUCCCUCCCCCUAACCACAAGUAUCCCUCUGAAGAUGUCAAUGUCUGGAAAGACUCGCCGAAUUGGUUGAAUUACGGCGUCCACCUGCCCAAGGACUUUGGGCCUUUCAUCGGAGUCUCCAAUCCCAUCACUCUUUUCCGGGUUGAUCCCAAUAGCUAUCGUGAAGUGUACCGCUGUGCGCCCAGAAAAGAACAGCUUGGCUAUCAGCCAGUCGUUGGAUUCGCCGAUGCCUAUCCAGUACACCUCCUGAACAUCGCAUCAGUGCGCGAUAUCGCUAGGAGGGUCGAGAAGGACAUCCCACGUUUCAGUGCAAGGAGAUUUCGGUCCAAUAUUCUCGUGUAUGGGCCAGGCUCCUACGAUGAAGACGACUGGAAAAGAGUCAGGAUUGGAAAUCACACUUUUUACUGCGCGUGCAGGACAGUACGCUGCAGGCUGCCGAACGUCGACCCAGAUACGGCGGAAAGACAUCCAGUCGAACCAGACAAAACGCUCAAGUCGUUUCGGUGCAUUGACGAAGGCGAUCCCUUGAAUGCGUGUCUCGGAUUACAACUGGUGCCUGCCGACCCAGGUCCAUUUCAACUUCAUGCUGGCGACGAGGUUGUAGUUCUGGAGAGAGGUCACCACAAGUACAUCAAGCAAUGA